AUGGCGAAUAAGAAAGGCGAUGACGAAAUAAGCAAUGCUCCUUCACAAGAAGGGCAAGUCUAUGAAGACACAUAUUAUGAGAAUGAUGCAGUCUUUGGAGAGAUGACGGGCGAAGGGCCUAAUUACCGCAAUGUAGGAUGGCUCGGUACAGCUGCACUGAUGAUGAAGAGCCAGAUUGGACUUGGAGUACUUUCCAUUCCUGCUGCCUUCGACACUCUUGGCAUUGCUACUGGAACUAUCAUUAUGCUUGUUAUUGCCGUUAUAACAACCUGGUCGGAUUACAUGGUUGGCGCUUUCAAACUUCGGCAUCCCGAAGUUUAUGGUAUCGCUGAUGUGGGUGGCAUGUUGUUUGGUCGCCCUGGCCGUUUAGCAGAAGACUGGAUAUUUAUAGCCGGGUCUGGAAUGCUUAGUAUCUCUAUUGCAUUGAAUGCCGUCUCGGCCCAUGGCACCUGCACUGCAGUUUUUGUUGCCGUCGCCGCAGCAAUAGGAUUUAUCUUAGGAAGUAUACAGACCUUGGGUCGGAUGACUUGGCUUGCAUGGGGUGGCUUGACUUGUAUCCUGACAGCAAUCUUCAUGGUAACUAUUGCUGUUGGUGUUCAAACUCGCCCUGCAAGUGCACCACACGGUGAUGGUCCCUGGGUCUCUGAUUAUAAGCUUGCUGCCAGCGGAAGCUUCACCGAGAAUAUGACUGCGAUCGCUAUGCUAGUCAAUGCAUAUGCCGGCACCCCAUCCUUCUUCUCUAUAGUAUCCGAGAUGCGCGAUCCCCGUCAAUAUACUCGAUCACUAAUAGUCUGCCAAAGUGUGGUUACUGGAGUGUAUAUAAUUAUUGGGUGCGUUGUUUACUACUUCUGUGGCUCAUAUGUCGCUUCGCCUGCUCUUGGCUCUGCGGGUGUCUUGAUGAAGAAGAUUAGUUACGGCUUUGCUCUACCUGGCUUGAUAGUAACGACUAUGCUGGUUGUUCAUGUGAGUUUAACCCGCCUUCAUUAA